UUUAGACUUCAAACAUACACAUAAAACAAUAUUUCACUACCUCCUAUCCCCCCCCCCACCACCACCAAAUCAACACCAUGGAAUGUAGUGAUCACAAAACCACAACAACAAUUUCUUCAAUGAAUUCAUCAUCAUCAACAUUUGCUAGUACUAUAUCUACCACUCCAACAAGUGGAUUAUUGUCACCUAAAAGUAGUAUAUUAUUAUCAACUCCUCCAAUGAAUAUUGUUCUUUCUCCAUGUGCUGCUUGUAAAAUCCUCCGUAGGAGAUGUGUUGAGAAAUGUGUAUUGGCACCUUAUUUUCCUCCCACUGACCCUCUUAAGUUCACCAUUGCUCAUAGAGUCUUUGGUGCUAGCAACAUCAUCAAAAUGUUACAGGAGCUUCCAGAAGAACAAAGAGUGGACGCGGUGAAUAGUAUGGUGUAUGAAGCAAAUGCAAGAAUAAGAGAUCCAGUUUAUGGUUGUGCUGGUGCAAUUUGUCAAUUACAAAAACAAAUAAGUGAACUCCAAGCAGAAUUUGCAAAGGCACAAGCAGAAAUCUUGAAUUUAAAAUGUCAAAAUUCAAAUUUAUUGGCUUUAGUUUGCAUGGAAGUAUCAGAAAAUAGCAGCAAUAGCUUAUUAUUAUCUUCAGAUCAUAUUAAUGAUUAUGAAAAUAAUAAUGAUAAUACUAGCAUGUUUUUGGAAGACAACAAUUUAUAUGGAGCUUGGGAACCACUUUGGACAUGAUUAAAACAAUGUUGUUGUGGUAAAAAUUAUAAUUGUCCCCCAAGAAAAAAGGGGUAGAAAAAGAUAGUGAUAUAUUUUUAGAAAAUUUAAUAAAAAUAUGUAAUAUCAAGGAAUUGGACUUCUUGACGAUAUCAGAUGUAACAAAAUUAUAAUA